AUGUCUCUCGGUUCGGCCGCCCAUGGCGCCUUCUCAACUCUCUUCUCCAACCUCUUCAUAAGCCUCCCGACGCCCAGUGCCAACCUCAAGGGACAAACCUACAUUGUAUCUGGGUCCAACACGGGCCUCGGCUUCGAAGCGAGCCGUCAUCUCAGCCGGCUCGGGGCCGAGAAGCUGAUCAUGGCAGUGCGCAGCCUACCCAAGGGCGAAACCGCGCGACGCGAGAUCCUAGAAUCCACGGGCCGCGAACCAGACUCCAUAGAAGUAUGGGAACUCGACAUGAGCAGUUACGACUCGGUGAAAAGCUUCGCUGCUCGCGUGACGAGCACCCUGACCCGUGUCGACGGCGUGCUUGCCAAUGCCGGUAUUAUGGUGGACGUCUUCCGAAUGUCCGAGGAUAACGAGUCGACCAUCACCGUCAACGUGGUUAGCACAUUCCUACUGUUUCUACUUCUGCUUCCGAAAUUUCGUGACUCGGCGGACAAGUUCAAUAUCGCCCCGCGAUUCACCAUUGUCAACUCGGCGCUGCAUUACAUGGCGUCCCUGAAAGAGUUGGAUCCAGAGCGCGUGCCCGGUAGCAUAUUCGAGCGCCUGAAUAACAAAGAGCUGGCCGAUAUGAGUGCGAGAUAUAACGUGUCCAAGUUGCUUGUUGUAUAUGCCGUGCGAGAACUGGCGGAACGACUCAAAGGCUCCACUAGCAUUGUCCUCAACGCGCCGAAUCCGAGUUACUGCAAGUCAGCGCUUGCGUUGGGAACUGCACAAGGGAGAUCUGCAGGUGGAAAGGCGUUUGAAAAGAUGCUGGCGCGCAGUACUGAGGAGGGCAGCCGGGCGUUGGUUCAUGGGGUGGUUUCAGGGCCCGAGACGAAUGGACAGUAUUUGACUAAUUGCCAUGUUCAGACACCAUCGUCGUCGGUGACGUGUCCCAAGGGAGUGCGCAUACAGAAGAAGUUUGUUGAUGAGCUGGUGGCGAAAUUGGUUGAGAUUGCACCGGAAGCAGCGUCCUAUAUCUAG